UACAGGGGCAUCCUCUAUUCUACACACGCGUCUACAUCACUCAGUCAAUGGAUUACACCUUCUCUCUCCAAGUGCAACACCAGCUGACCGUGUACCCAACGCACUUAUAUCAGGGCUACAGCUUAGAGUUACAGAUGAAGUCAACAGAGGUGGACCAGGGCCUUUUCACAAACAGUUACUGCAAAGUGUGCAGUGCUCAGCUCAUCUCAGAGUCACAGAGAGUGGCACAUUAUGAGAGUCGGAAACAUGCAAACAAAGUGCGUCUGUAUUACAUGUUGCACCCGGUGGAUGGAGGAUGUCCAGCUAAGAAGCUCAGAACAGAUGAUGGCAGUGAGGUUGGAGACGUGGACAAAAACAAGUGCUGUACACUGUGUAAUAUGUCCUUCACUUCAGCGGUGGUAGCACAAUCUCAUUAUCAAGGCAAGAUCCACGCUAAGAGGCUUAAACUUCUGCUGGGUGAACAGCCUGCCAUAACAGCCAAAGAGGUGCCACCUAGUCCAGUGAAGACACCUUUAUCAGAAAGCUCACCUGUGAGCUCGACACGUCAGCACCGGGAUUCUGAUCGCUACUGUCAGCUGUGUAAUGCUUGGUUCAACAACCCUGGAAUGGCACAGCAACACUAUGAUGGCAAAAAGCACAAGAAGAAUGCAGCACGAGCAGACCUGCUGGAACAACUGGGGAAGACUUUAGACAUGGGAGAAAUAAAAGGUCUUAAACGCUGCUACACAUGUGAUGUCUGCAGUGUCACGCUGAAUUCAGUGGCGCAAUAUCAUGCACACCUGCAGGGCUCCAAGCACCAAAACAACUUAAAAAAUCAGCUGUGUGUCCAGUGAGCCAUAGGAGAAGCACGGUGAUUGGAUUGAUGUCAUACAAGCUGUGAUCAGCUUGCACUUGGUUUUCUGCCUCUAUUCUUUCCCCGCUCCCUCUCUCUCUCCUUCCAUCUCACUUUGUUGUCUUACUCUCAACUUGACUGCAAAAGAAGAUUGAAGAUCCUCUUAAAGUCUGCCUUUAUCAUCCCCAAACUCUCUGGCUCUACCUCCCAGCCUCUUCUUCAUCAUGACUCAACACAGCCAUCAUGCCCUGACUCUCUGGAGGAGAGGUGGUUUCCUCCAUUGACACUCAUCUGGUAAUUCCCUCACCAGACGUUUAUAUAUCUAAUCUCAGUCAGUUGUUGUGUGCAUGACUGAAUACGGUAAUUGUGGUCACUUUCUAAGAUAAGCAAUAUCUAAAUAAAAAAUAAAAAAAUCUCCCAAAUUAAUAGUUAAGAGAAGAAAAUUGUAACAAUAACUAACUUAAAAAGAGAAUGCAAUCUAUUGAAAAUGUUGUCCACAUUCAUUUUUAUGUCUCAAGUUUUAUGUACUAUGUAUUGUUUCUGUGUGUAAAAAAAAAAAAAAAACAUUCUACUGGAAAAUACAGUAAAGGUUUUUUUGGCCUUACAGAAAUUUGGGCAUUUGGGACAGGGUGCUACAAAAACACAAUUUACUUGAUGUUUUUGUUGAUGUAUGUACUAUAUGUGUGAUCUGUAAAUAGCUGUUUAGGGGUGUUUGAUGAAUGGGCAUUUGAGAUUAUUUGUAAAAGUGAACUCACAGCUAAUGCGAUCCUAUUCAAAUUUAUGGUCUGGUUUUUAAUAUUUCAAAUUUUUCAUUUUUAAGAAGAUUUGAAUGAGGUUACAUUAUAAAAAAUGAUCAAAGAUGAAGCAGCUAUCCUUUCAAAUGGUUGUCUGUCACAUAUUUUACAAUAUGUUGUACAUGCCUUGUUUCCUUUUACAUGUGACUGUGAAAACAAGUUAGAAGGUACAUACAAAAUGACUGUAAUUGUUUGUCUUUAAAUAAUAUUCUUGUAUUUAAAAUUAUUAGUAGUAGCUCUUCAGAGGAUAUAUUAGAUAUAAUUAUUCAAUUGUCAAUGAGCUGCAAAACCAUGUAUGUUCUGAAGCGUUUACAUUUGCACUAAUUGCAUUUUCUUUCCUUUGUUUUUUCUUUUUUUUUUUUCUUUGACGUGUGACGAUGAAUUUUUCUUUAAAAAUAAAUGAAUGAAUUUAUGACUUUUUAUUUUACUCUCAAUAGAAAGAUGUCAAUGUUUAUUCCUUGGUACAGUACAAUCAAGAAAUAACAAAAUCGAUUAAAAUUAUUAGAAGACAUGAAGAAACACUACUGACGAUCUCUAGAUCAAAAAGGAAGGAUUACUCAACCCAGCAUGGUACAAUGUAAUCUGUCAAUGUACAUAAAGAUUUUGAUAUUAACAAACAACAAUUCAGUGCACAAAUAAUUAUCACCUCUCUUUCGCAAAAUGGAAGAAUCCAUUUCAUGCAUUUGUUUCAUUGGAACUAGUGUGUGUUCCCUUUAAGAGAGCAGGUUCUUGUUCUCUUCCUUUGUGCUCUGGGUUAUGUGAUCGACUGUCUGAAACAAAAUA